AUGGGCAGUGGAUUUGAGCGCGAGGUUCGAGUAAAAGGACCCUCGGAGGUUAAGGUUAAUCUCAAUUUGUCUAUCAAAAUGUGAGCGAGCACUUUCGCUGCAAAUUCUGUUUACAGACGGUUCAAUUAUUGUAAUUUUGACUGUAAUUAUCGACAAGUUCGGUUCCGCACUUUACAAAAACCAAACGUUCGACGGCUUGUACCCAGAAAAGUGGAAACGCGUGACUAACCCGCUGCUCACGCCAUUGGGUACAAACACUUGCACGAUUUUUAAAAUAAGAUUGUAGCUUCGCAAGUUCUUUUUGUGUUUGCUAAAGGAGGAAUGUCAUAGACCUUAGGUGCAGCUACAAAAGAUACGGCAAGUACGAAGUCAGGGUUACUCAAAUUUACUGCUCUUUUCUGACCAUGGAGCUUAGUGAUGAGGAGUGUAGGAUGUUGAUUGCAAACCGAAGCUUUGACCGGAUUUUUGAACUGUAUGAGAUUAGGCCGGCUACGGAGUAUGAUGUUCAAGGUAAGUGGUGUGUUUACCAGAGAAAGUACUCCAAGUACGACGCUCAGAUUUAGAUAAAAUUUGGUGCAGAUUUAGAAUAUUUUUUCUAAAAUAUUUGCGAAACUCCUAACUCUCGCGUUUUGUAAAAAUAACUGGGAUUUCUUCGACAGUGAUCUACCAAAAUUUGACACUUUGUUUUGCAAAUUUAAUCAUUGAUUUUCAAAUCAGAAGUUGGCAAAAAACGACCCUUCUUUGCGAAUUCUGGCGUCAUACAUAGGUUAAUGUUUCCUGGAAAAAAUAGUUUCUUCCGCGCGAACGGUUUCAAGUGCGACGCUCAGAUUUUCUUCAAGUCAUCCGCAUACUUCUGAUGCAAGUGUCGAUUUCCAAAGGUUUUAGCUUGCCCUUUGAAGACGAGAUAUUCGAAAAUCAUUACGGACAUUACGCGGAAUGAGAGGGGUUGGCAUAGAAAAAGGCAUUCCUUGAACAUAGCAAUGCCAUUUUCGAAUAAAGUUGAUUUUUUUUGUGCAGCAAGUGUCCUCUAAGGUGGUUAUUUGAAAGGCUUUGCUUGUGAGGAAGCUACAAUUUGCAAUAUGGCCAACCUGCAUCUACAUAUCUUUUCAAAAAUUCUUUCAGUGAUCCACAGGUCCGUAAUGUUCGUCAUCUGCGUCACAAGCUGCUCGAUGAAUGCCUUCCUCUUCUACAUCAUCAUCACUCAAUCGGAGAGUAUACGAAGCGCCAAAGGGCUCAUCAUGUUCAGCUGCAUUUAUGAUUUCGUAUUUGCUUUGUUCAAUAUGCAAAUGGGUUCAGUAAGUGAAGCCUUCCACAGUCAAUCCCCUUUUCAGCUGCCUUCAUCCGUUCUUGGGAUCGCCUUCAACUACAGCAAUCAGCUUAUUCGAUUUGAAGACUACCGAAUCAUGGAGGUUCUGAAGACCAUCGCGGGGAUGAGUUUCCUCGGAACGUGGCUCAACAUCCCAAUCCAAUUCCUGUGGAGAUUUCACAUAUUCCGGUAGUAAGUGUGGGUAUCGUCGUAUUUUCAUUCCGUUGGAACGCAUAUCAAUUCCUGAAACUUUUUACUUGCGAUUUGCAAGCACAGCCGAGAUAUUCAACAAUCUUUACGGCCGUGAGGGUACGAGAAAUACGGAGGACGGUCAAAAAAAAUUUUUUUGUCAAUAUCUUUGCCGGUUUCGCGAGGCAAAAACUGAUUUUCUAUGGAAACAUUGCAACGGAAUGUGUAAAUAGGCAGUGCCAAAAUUCGCAAGGAUAGGAUAGUCAGAUUUGAUAUCUUACGGCCCAAAAAUCCCGAUUUUUCGUGCAAAAAAACGGGUUAGGAGCUUGCUUAUGUCUUACAAGCAAAGUACUUCUAUGGGGUAAAAAGGCAGCUAAUUUUUACAUAUUCUGAAUCAGAAAAAUUUUGUGAAUUUUUUAUGUAUUAUAUCUCGACCUGUAACUCCAUACCCCAUAGAAGUAUUAUACUUUCCUUGUUAGAAGGAAGUCGUCUAAAUUUGUGCUAAAAAUGAGCUCCAUCAAAAUCUGAGUGUCACACCUUGCCCGCCUGUUUCACUAUUUUUUCAAUCGUCUUUUCAGCGGCUGUGCACCUCGAGGAAUCUACCUCUAUGUCCUCGCGAUUUCAUCCUCUCUCAUCUUUAUCGUGGCUGGCACAAUCAACAGCCGCGCUUUUGGUAGUGCUACGGAAGAGGACAGGAUUCUGAUACGGCGUAUUAUACACGCCUACGGCUUCAAAGAUGUCCGGCUUUCGGAGGUUACCGGAAGCUUCAACGUAAGCCGCAAUUGGUUAAUACCUUCGAGGCUUUUAGACCACGGACCGCUACAAAGCUAGUAAUUAUAUGAUCAAAUUUCUUUUAUUUGGCUCAUACUCUGUCGCAAUCGCCGUGGACCUGAUCAUGUCGUAUUAUUGGAGGACGCAGGAGCAGUACACAAGCGAUCGGACCAGGAAAAUGUUCUCCGCGGUGAAAGUGACGUUUCGAUUGAUGGUAAGGGCGUUGUAAAAACGUCGAGAGCAGUCACAGAAAAAAACUUUCUGGCCGUAACUUUGUCAGUCUCCUACGGAAAAUUGUUUUUUUUUGUGGAAAUGACAACGUCUACGGUAGAAGUAGGCGUGAAUGGAAAGGCAAUUUGACUUUGCCGCGGCACAGUUCAUUUGCUCAUUACUUUCUUGACAGACUGAUAGAAUAUACGGUUCGGAAUGUCUUUUUUCUGUGCACAAAUGUCAUACUCAGUUUUUUCGUAAUUCUGUCGCUCUUUCAGGCAGUAGGGCCUCUUCUUACCGCCGUCCUUCCCGCUUAUCUCAUCCGAGCUUUUGGUACCGCCUGCACUUUCCACCCAUGGAUUAUGAUGACGGUCUCGUGGCUGGUCGUAUUCCAAAGUAUGAUAAACGCAGUAACAACGUUGUGGUUCAUACAACCCUAUCGAAGAUUUGUCUUGAGCCUCGGAAAAGUUAGGACCUCAACUUUCGUCACGGAUAUUACUGGAAUGACUAUGUAAAAAUUAACAGACGAAUGAAAAAAGUUGGACAUGGUAUGUAACUUAUUUGAGAGUAAAUAAUGUGGCUGUGUAUAUAUAUAUAUUAUAUAUUUUCUUUUAAUCCAUAUUUAGUCUGUCAAGAAAAUAAUGAGCUCCCUGUCGCAUCGUAAACCGCAUCGCACGGCAAACCGUAAUAGAACAAAAAUGUCUCCCGCCCACUUUUGAGUUUCGUCCAAACGAAGUGUCACAACUGACAAAAUAAAUGCAAUAAUUUCGAGAAAAAUAUUUUUCCAUCGAAAAACCACACGAAAAAUUCUGUUGUGACAUUUGGUGUGAAUUUUACCGAUACUGGGUGUGCGAAGCGCCGAAACGAGGAGGGAGACUCCCUGGGUUGCCGUGCAUCGCCGCCGAGAGAAUUAAUUGUGUCGUCGCAAAAUCAAACUGAUUUUAACGUCAGCGACACCAUCGGCGUAGUGACAUUGUGCUCGUUAUUUUUCCGACAGUCCGAUAGAAAGCCUUGCGACGCCAUUUUUUGCAGCGAAAAAUCAUUUUUUUCAGAGAGCGCCAAAAUCCCGGGGUCGCGAUAAAUACUUUAUGGCCCGAGUAGCGUAAGAGUUCCUUAUUCUGGCCACAACUUAUAAUUUUGCGGAAACUGGCCAGAAUUAGCCUAAAUUUGGCAUGCAUUCUCAAUUCAUCAAUGUCAAUGCCCGGACAUUGUAUUUAGUUAGUGAGGUACCUUCUUUUUUACCUACCACCUUUUCGCUUUGAGAUUCAAAAUUUUAAUUUUGCUUCGGCCCGGCGGCCAAGCCUAGUCGUGACGCAAUUUUUACGGCUUGAGUGACGAAACGUCACACACUGUUUUCUCGCUUGCUCUAAGGAUACGUUCUAUGGAUUGUAUGCGAAACUUUGUACCGAAUGCCUCAGCCUUUAGUCUGGUACAGCUGUUGGCAGCCUACAAUCGGUUGUUUUUCCCGUUGCAUUCUCGGCGCGCUUUUUGUAGCGAAAAUUAUGCGUCGUUUUUGACAGCUCACUUGUUUAAAGGAAGUAUAGUUAUGGGGUUGAGUCAGGAGGAAUGCAAUGAGCUGUUGGCCAAUCGCAACUAUGAUCCGAUUUUUGAAUGGUACACUGCGAAUCCGGUCACCGCAUACGAUGUGCAAAGUAAGUUUUUUUUUGAGUUUGGAGGAAUUCUUGUCCUUCCGUAAAAUGGCAAGGUCAAGAUCGUUACAUUACUAGCGCUUGAAGACCUUUCCUUGUAAAGCAAAAUCUAGCUUUUUCCUAUCUUUAGCGAUCCAUAAGGUUGUCGAGGCGCUGAUCUGCUCGGCCGGCUGCGGCCUAAACCUUUUCCUGCUCUACGUGAUCGUCCAGCCAUCGGAGAGGCUCAGAAGCGUGAAAGACUUUCUCAUGUUCGGCUGUAUCUACGACAUUCUCCUUGCCGCCGUCAAUAUGCAAAUGGAAACGGUUCGUUUUUAUUGUUGUUUUCGUCUUUGCAAAAAGACUGAUAUUUAAUAAUAAUAUCAGUCAGUCGGGGGAAAUAAUGUGGGUUUUUCGCAACAAAAUUUUACGGCUAUUGUCGUAAAUCAAAUUUCCAGCCGCGGCUAGCCCUCCAAGAGCAGCGACAAAUCCACAUUAUUUCCCCGACAGACUGAUAUCAAAUCGAAAAUCAAAAAAAUGUUAACUGGGAUACUUGUUUCAGUUCCCCUACACCGUACUCGGCGUUGCAUUCAGCUACGACAACAUCAUCUUGCGGUCCUCCAAAUACCGUGUAACGGGUAUUCUAAAAUCUGCUGCCCGAACUAUCUUUUUCGGGUCGUGGAUCAUCAUUCCCGUUCAGUUCCUUUGGCGAUUUCAUGUUUUUCGAUAGUAAGUAUCAACAUUUUCAAUUCCAUAAAGUGCAGGGACAUUCUUUCGCUUCCCCCCGGUGCAUUUGAACUUUUUCCUACGGCACAAAGUGGGGGUUUUGCACGAUGCAAAAUGAGGGUUUUGCACAUUGCAAAAUGGGGUUUUUUGCACGAUGCAAUGUGGAGUUUUUGCACGGUGCAAAAUGGGGGGUUUUGCACGGUUCAAAGUCGGCGUUUUUGCACUGUGCAUAUGGUCGUUUUACACGGUGCAAAAUGAGGGUUUUAUACUGUGCAAUAUAGGGUUUUUGCACGGCGCAAAAUGGGGGUUUUGCGCAAUGUAAAGUGGAUGUUUUGCAGGGUGCAAAAUGGGGGUUGUAGUAUAUAAAGUCUCAAUAUUUUCAGCGGUUGUGCCCCACGAGGAAUUUUUUUUUAUUUGAUGUGGAUAGUGCCAACAAUUGUGUGUCUGACUGCCGGCUCCCUCAACUACAACAUGUAUGGGUUUUCGACACAUGAAGAGAGAGUCCUCAUACAAAAGAUUGUGUUCUACAGUGGCUUUAAAGACGUGGCAUUAGCGGACGUCACUGGGACAUAUAUGGUAAGGAAUGUAUGUCAUAUUUUGCAUCAACGUUCAGAGCAGUCAACGCUAUUCAAUCCACAACACGUGCAUUAAAGUACUGUUGGGCGGCUGUUACGUGGUCACGAUCGUUGUGGACGUCGCCAUGUCCAGGUACUGGUCGUCUCACAGACUGGACGCUCAUCAUCGGACCAGAAAGAUGUUUUACGGAGUGAAAUACGCACUUCGGGUAAUGGUAAGGAAUGUUAUUUGGAAUUCCACCUGUAAAGACGUUCUCGGUUGUGAUUAAGAUUUGUAGUUGGCAUUCGUGAAAAGAGCAUGGCAUACACAUUGUCUAGAGAAGCGUUUACAGCCGUCAUAACCUUUUCGCGAAUAUUUGUGACAGUUUGACCGCUUAAAAUACAAAAAUUUGUCCUUGUGUACAGUGGAAGUACUCCAACGUUUUAUUAUAUUAUAUGUAUUUUAAUGAAGCUUGGCACAAAUUUAAAAGCAUAGGUAAUUUUUUACGACAUAUGCCGAACUCCUAGCUCGGUUGAGAAAAGCUUGCUGCGAUGUUGUACUGGCAUCGUGCAAGAGGUCAAACGCACGUCGCAAAAAGAGGUUUGUGCAAGGGCCUCCCGACAGAAAGUCUACGCACUUUAUGAAGCGACUGGUAGGAGGGGUCGACCGGGAUAGACGUAAUACAGGCCAGACAAUAUCCUAUAUUCUUUAUCCAGUCAAACGUUACAAUAGCACAAAAUACAACAAGGAUAGUCUCGGGCAGACGGAGAAGGUCAAUUUUGCGCCAAAAUUAACCUUUGUGCUAUAAAGCUCUUCUACAACGAGCAAAUUAUUCUUUCCAUUGCAAUUUGUCGUACCAAUGCUCUACUGUAAUAUAAUAGAAUAGCAUGAUUUUUUCAGGCAAUUGGCCCCUUCAUAACGGGAGUGAUCCCAGCAAUUCUUACAAGGUACUCCGGCACCGCCUGCACUUUGAACCCAUGGAAUAUGAUGGCUGUCUCGUGGUUAAUCGGAUGCCAUAGUCUUUUUAACGCAAUCACCACCUUCUAUUUUAUUCGACCUUGCCGGAGAUAUUUACUUUCCUGUCUGAAGCGGCAAAGCACACUGGAGCCGUUUGUGGUUGGAACGGACGCGUCAAGUAGGACUGGCUAAAGUUGUUCGUAAUAAACGUUUGUUCUUCACUUGGCUUUGAGUUUCUUACGGUGACAGUAACAGUGCAUGUCGCGGAAGUCACUCCAGCGACAUUGCAAACGCACUAGUACGCGUAUUAUCAGUCUGUCGGGAAAAUAAUGAGCAUUAUGUAGCAACGCCGAUCGCAUCGUUGAAGUGAAAAGCAAUUUGAUUUUGCCGCGACACAAUUCAUUUUCUCAACCGCGAUGCGAUUCUCGCAGCUACAGGAUGCUCAUUAUCUUCCUUGUCACACUGAUAAUUCAAUUAUUCUUGCGGAGGCCGUGAAUAAAAAUGGAAGUUUUGAGCGGAAAUUGAAGACAAUUGCUUUUGGGCGGAAUUUGAUUCCAUUUUAAUCCAGCUGGACGCUUGGUCUUGCCACUAAUGCUUCAGCAAGUAUAAUGGGGGAACUUUAAUGCCUCUUAAUUUUACGCACAUGUUGUGCCUCUUCCGCAUACAAAUUUUUGAAAUUUUUAGUUUGUGUUUUUCAUUCGCAGCCGAGAUAUUUGGCAAUAUUUGUCGUGGUAGAGAGUGCGCAAAAUGCGGAGAGCAGCCGAAAAAGCUUUUGGCUGUAUCUCGGCGAAAUCCGAUCAGUUUCGAGCCUUCUCUGGUGAAAAGAAACGUUCUCCGCAUUUCGCAUAGUCCCUCGUUGAUACAACUCCUCGGACAUAUCGGCCCUGCCAAGAGCGAGCUGAAAUUUUCAGAAGUUUGUGCACCAUACUAG